AUGGACCAAGACCAUGCCUCAGAUACCAUCGUCCCGCCCAAUGCAGCAGUCAACCGAGGAUAUGCUCCGCGCGUCAAGGCUCGCCUUCGACGCGCCGGUCGAGCAUUAACCACCCGAGAUGGCCUGCUUGGCGACUACGACUAUGCUUUUCUCUUCCGGCCCAAUCUGCCUUUCAUGACCAAGACCUCCCACCGCAGCCCUUUCUUCGGGCUCAACGAUAGGAUGCCCGUUUUACUCGGCAUGCUGCUGGGCUUGCAGCAUGCUUUGGCCAUGUUGGCUGGUGUUAUAGCUCCUCCUCUGAUCCUUGGUGGAGCCGGAGGCGCAAACCUUGAGACAGCACAACUACAAUAUCUCGUCUCUACGGCUCUCAUAGUAUCAGGACUUUUGUCCAGCGUCCAAAUAGCUCGAGUUCGGAUCCCAAAGACAAAAUACUUCAUCGGCACCGGUGUUCUUUCUGUUGUCGGCAUCUCCUUCAGCAUCAUUCCCAUCGGUCAAGGGGCUUUUCGUCAAAUGUACGCCAGCGGCUUCUGUCCUUCGGAUGCCCGUGGAAAUCUCCUCCCAUGCCCGCAAGGCUAUGGUGCUCUGAUCGGCACCUCGGCCAUUUGCGCCAUCACCGAGAUUCUCAUCUCCUUCCUCCCGCCCAAGGUCCUCCUCAAAGUUUUCCCUCCCAUCGUGACUGGGCCCACGGUGAUGCUCAUCGGCAUCCAUCUCGUCGAAGCCGGCUUCAAGGACUGGAUGGGGGGCAGCGGACCAUGCUCGAAUCCUGCCGCAUCAGGAGCCCAGGCCGGCUUAUUCGCCUUGUGCCCCAACAUCAACGCACCGCAUGCCUUGCCAUGGGGCUCACCCGAAUACCUGGGCCUGGGCUUUGCCGUAUUCAUCACAAUCAUCAUCUGCGAACGCUUCGGCUCUCCCAUCGUCAAGUCCACCUCUGUCAUCUGGGGGCUGCUUGUCGGAUGCAUCAUCGCCGCAGCCUGCGGCUACUUCAACCGCGCAGGCAUCGAUUCCGCCCCCGUCGUAUCCUUCAUCUGGGUCCAUACUUUCCCACUGAGCGUCUACGGACCCCUCGUGCUGCCCAUAAUGGCAGUGUUCGUCGUAUGCGCCACCGAGGCGGUGGGUGACAUCACCGCGACGUGCGACGUAUCCCUCAUCGAGCUCCAAGGACGUACGUACGAGUCCCGGAUCCAGAGCGGUCUCCUCACGGAUGGCAUCAACGGCAUCGCUGCCGCCCUGAUGACCAUGACGCCCAUGAGCCGAUUUGCCCAGAAUAACGGCGUCAUUGCACUGACUCGAUGUGCGAAUCGCAAAGCCGGUCUGGCAUGCUGCCUCUUCCUCGUCAUCAUGGGCAUCUUUGCCAAGUUCGCCGCUGCUCUCGUGGCUAUCCCUUCCUCUGUCCUAGGCGGCAUGACGACCUUCCUCUUCAGCGCUGUGGCAGUAUCCGGCAUGGCAAUCAUCAACCGCGGGACCACGUUCGACCGACGCACGCGGUUCAUCCUUACUGCCGGCCUGGCCUUGGGCUACGGCGCAACACUUGUCCCUACCUACUUUGACCGCAUCUUCACCUACUCGGGCGGAAACCACGCACUCAAGGGUCUCCUCGACGCCGUUGUUCUGGUCAUGGAGACGGGCUUUGCAGUGACUGCAGCUGUCUGCAUGGCUCUCAAUCUAGCCCUGCCGGAGGAGUUGGACGACAAUAUCGACGCUCGAGCUGUGGACUUGACAGUGGCGAAUAUACCUUUGGCCAAGGAAUCUGACGCGGACAAAGGGAAAGUCCCUCGCCAUGGACACGAGCAUGCUAGCUGA